AUGACUACAAUCAAGAACGUAGCCGUAGUAGGGGCGACUGGCAAGAUCGGCCGCCCAAUCGUUGAGCGACUUUCGACUUCGAAACUCUUCAACGUGACUGUUCUCACGCGUGACGAUAGUCGAGGCCGUGAUUUCCCCGCAGACGUCACAAUCAAGCAGGUAGAUUACGAUUCUAUUGAGUCUCUACAAUCCGCUCUCCAAGGGCAGGAUGCGCUAGUCUCGGCGAUGGCGUUCGAGGCCAUUCACGAGCAGAAGAAUCUCGUCGAUGCCGCGGUUAAUGCCGGCGUCAAGAGGAUGAUUCCUUCGGAGUAUGGGAAUGACCUCAUGAACCCCAAGCUAGCCGCUUUCCCCAUCUAUCAGCCUAAGAUUGCCAUCAGGCAGCAGUGCGAGAAGAGGGUCACCGAGAACCCCUCGUUCUCUUGGACUACGAUUCACAACGCCUCUUUCCUCGGCCCAGACUGGACCCUGGACUUUAUCGUGGACGUGAAGAAUCGCAAGGCGGAUAUCAAAGAUGGCGGAGAUGUGCUCUUCUGUGCUACAACCUACGAUGACAUCGCUCAGGCCGUGAUCGGCAUCCUGACCCACCUAGAAGAAACGGCUAAUCGUCCAGUGAGAAUAUCGAGCGUCAACACAACCCAGAACGAAUUGAUCGCAAUAGCCAAGGAGCUGGGCGCCACCGACGGUUGGGACCUUACGUAUUCGGAGACGGAAAAUUUGGAGAGUGAGGCUUUCAGGCGUUGGGCGGCAGGUGACCAUAGCGAGGAAGUGAUCGCCAUGUUCAUUAACCGAGCUUUCAUCGGUAAAGGUUGGGGCGGGUAUUUUCCCGUGCGCGACAACGAACUGCUGGGUAUUAAGGACUUGGGAAGGGAUGAGCUGAAGUCAAUCAUCAAGUCGGCCAUGGAUAGGUAG